AUGGAACGGAAGAACGCGUUGCGUUUGUACAUCAAUGUAGUGAAGGAGCACCGAGAUGUGGAGUCGAGAGUGAAAACGUUGCGUGAGAAACUCAAGUCGUUCGAAGCGGUCUUCGAAAAGGCCGAAGAGGAUUUUAAGGCAUUGCAGUCUGUAGGACAAAUGAUCGGCGAAGUCCUUCAAAGCUUAGACGGUGAUAAGUUUAUCGUGAAGGCUUCUUCUGGGCCUCGGUAUGUGGUUGGGUGUAAGCCGAAUUUGAAUAUGGCUGAGUUGAAGCCGGGGUCGCGUGUGGCAUUGGAUAUGACGACGUUGACGAUAAUGCGGAAGUUACCUCGGGAGGUAGACCCGACGGUGUACAAUAUGUUAAAGGAAGACCCGGGUAAUGUAAGUUACAACCAGGUAGGUGGUUUGGCGGAGCAGAUCCGUCAGUUAAGAGAGGUGGUGGAGCUGCCUUUGACUAACCCUGAGUUAUUCAAGAAAGUGGGUAUAAAGACUCCGAAGGGUGUGUUGUUGUACGGUCCUCCGGGCACGGGCAAGACAUUGUUGGCUAAGGCCAUGGCGUCGCAGAUGAACUGCAGUUUCAUGAAGGUAGUUGCGUCGGCCAUUGUCGACAAGUACAUUGGCGAGAGCGCCCGCAUCAUCCGCGAUAUGUUCUCUUACGCCAAAGCUAACUCACCCUGCAUCAUUUUCAUGGACGAAAUCGAUGCCAUUGGCGGCCGCCGCUUCAAUGAAGGCACCUCGGCUGACCGCGAGAUUCAACGCACCCUCAUGGAACUGCUUAACCAACUAGACGGGUUCGACGACCUCGGCGAAGUCAAGAUCAUCAUGGCCACCAACAGACCCGACGUUCUAGACCCCGCUCUGCUCCGACCCGGCCGAUUGGACCGAAAACUGGAAAUCCCGCUGCCAAACGAAGCCGCUCGAAUUGAUAUACUCAAAAUACAUGCUAAACCCAUCACCAAAAAGGGAGAAAUCGAUUUUGAAGGUCUCGUCAAACUAACAGACGGAUUCAACGGCGCAGACCUUAGAAAUGUUUGCACCGAAGCAGGUAUGUUCGCCAUCCGAACGGAACGAGACUAUAUAGUAGAAGAGGACCUCUAUAAGGCAGCCAGAAAAGUUGGGGACAUGAAGAAACUAGAAACUAAACUCAACUACGACCGAAUAUAG